CUGAUGAAGACCAGGUUUGGUGUAGUCAAAACUGAGUCUCUCCCAUCUAUCAGGGAAGUGAUGAAGAAGAGUAGCAAAGCAGACAGGCUGGAUUGGGAAGACACAUGAGAAUGUACACAGCAGCAGCAGAAAUUUAGUAAGUGCUGGAACUGUUUGGAUUUAUGAGGUACUCUCAAAUAUGCACCUCUAUUAUAAUAUGUAUCUGACGUAUAUUUCCAGAUAACUAAAAUAGUAAUACUAUGAUGUAAUAUUUACUAAUUUCCAUGAUAGAAGCACGGUUCUAAGCCUAAUACUCUCUAGUCAUGCCAUAUCCUUGGGGUUGGGAAGAUUCAGAAGUACAGUAUCCCUAGACACAUCAAAGGAUUUCCUUUGUUUAAUCAAUAUCAUCUAUUACACUUUGGGUAUGAAAGUUCAAGUCAGUGACAGAUGAACUUAGGCAAUAGAUUAAGCAAUCCUGCAGUGCUGUGAAUACGAGUGGGGUCCUGGAACACCAUGGAUGUCAUCAAUAGGUCAUAGAACCCUGCUGAGGCCUUAGUGAUAACUGGUAUCAUACCAACAAGGAUAUCAUAAUGAGCGUUACGAAGGAGAAGAAAAAACACCAGCAGAAACUCUUAAAACGACCUGUGAAGAAGUCAAGGGGUACAAGAGGAAAGUUGGAUUUACAAGAUGUUCUGCAGGGUAGAGCCAAGGUACUGGCCCAAACUCUAGGCCACAAAGCGGCAGGCAGUUCUUCCUCAACCUCAGGGAACUUCUCCCAUGAAGACAAAUUCUUGGAUGCAGAACUGCACAACUCUCCAGAGGAUGCCGCUGAGACACAUGAGAUGGUCCCAAGUUCAAAUCUGGAUGCAGGAGAGAAUUUCUCAGUCCCAGAACAUUUGCUGUGCAUCCCUUCUUCAAGCAAGUGCAUUCCUAUGGACCAGGAUGGUCCUGGAUCCUCCAAGAGGCUUUUAAAUCAAGAUUUGAUGGAGAGGGAGAAUUUCUCCUUCAUGGAACAUUCCCACUUACCUUCCUCCUUGGCCAAUAACCCCUCAGAGUCUGCAACAUCUACUGAAAAGAAAAGAGUCCUGAAUGUUUACUAUAAGCCUGUCCCAACGAAAAGGGGUAUGGCUUCCUUGGGGGAUACAGAAGAUUUGGAGCCCCCCACAAAGAUGACAAGAAUAGCAAUAAUUGCCUUUCCUGAGAAGAUCCCUUCAAAAGCCAGCCUCUCUCAUAUGUGCCUAAGAGACGUCCUAACUGACAGUGAAAAUGGCUUGCAUGGGGAAGGCCAAGAGGAAAGGGAAGAGGCUGAGAAGUCACCUGAGCAUCUGGCCCGGGAUUCGGUGCUGGAGGACCUGUACAGUGGCUUUAGGAGGCUGAAGAUAGGAGCAGGAGUAGCACCUCCUGUCAUGUCUACACCAAGAAGGACUCAGAAAGCCAAAGGAGCUGCUGGAGCCAGAGCUGUGGGAUGAGCUGGAAUUCUGAGUGUCUGACACUGGAAGGGAGCUGCAGCUGCUAUCCAGGCCUGUGCUGGGGCUGGAGCCCUGACUGUAAAUUAAGCUGACCAAAGCCUGGUGCUGCUAUCUCUGGAAGUGCUGCACUCUUUUGAGUUUUAUCCCUGCCAUAGUCUUUCUUACUUCACUCCUUGACAGCCCCUUUAUUUUUAAAGCAAUCCUUGGAUUUAUCAGAGCAGUCUUUGUGUUUCGUAGAAAGAUUCAAUGAUUCCUAGCAACUCUUCUUUUUGUUCAAAGCAGCAAUGGUGUCCUCGCUUACCUGAGCUGUCACUUCUACUUUGAUUCUGAGAAAAGAUCCCUAUUUGAUUACAAUUUAUGCCAAAUGUCAGCAUCUUCCUGCCACUACCUCCUUCACUUCUCCUCAGCCACAAUGUAAAUAGCAGCUACUCUAAAGCAUUCCAGCUUUAAAAACAUAUUAUUUAAAAGGGAAUUUUAUUUUAAUCAGUUCCAUUUACACAGACUGUUUCUUCCAGGUUUAUUUGGGACAAUAAUUGCUAAGAUUUACUGAGCAUUUAGCAUGUUCAAGGUACUCUUCUGGCCUCUUAACAAAUAUUGUCUCAAUCCUCAAACAACCUAUUAGGUUAGUUAGUGCAUUCCCUAGUCAAUAGACAGGAAGACAGAGGAGUAAGUGUUAAUCAUUUUAGCAGAUUUCAUCUCAAGAGAAGCUUUCUGGAAUCCAUAGAGCUACCUCUCCGCCCAACUCCUCUUGCACUUAUAGUUUGUUCAUAACACACAAUUAAAAUAUAGUUGUGAGCCAGGCACGGUGCACACACCUGUAAUGUCAACAU